AUGCCUAGCAUUCUCGAGGUGCCGUUGGAGGCCGAUGGUGAGGUUUUGACUAUUGACCUCAACAACGAUCUUCCCGAUGACCCUAGCGAGAUUUGCGUUCUGCUCGAAAACGAGAAUUGUAUUGCAAAAUACUGGCUUGAAAUCGGAUCUGCCUACUCGAGAAACAAGCAGUGGGAUAACGCUAUCGAAGUGGUUACCAGAGGUUUAAAGGCACGUAUUGUACAAAGUGAAACAGACAAAGCUCCUUUCUACUCUACACUUUGCUGGCUCUAUCUUUCGCGCUUCCGAAAAACCCCUGUAGCCGAAAAAAAAGAAGUUUACGAGAAGGCGGUCGAAUACGGCAACAAGGCCUUUCAGCUCGAUAGGUCGAACAUGGCAGCUAUUCUUGCCCGAGGCACUCUUUCAUUGAGCGCUGGUAGUUUCGAUGAUGCCUUACAACCGUUUGCUGCUAUGUUGGCAAAGUCUGAAUCCAAUCCGUUUGCAAUGUUCGGUCGAGCUCGGGUUCUGUACCACCGCAAAAACUACAGAGGUGCUUUGCAGCUUUAUCAGGCGAUUUUACGUCAAAAUCCUAACGCCAAACCUGACCCCCGUAUUGGUAUUGGGUUGUGCUUUUGGAAAUUGGGUGAUAAGCCCCAUGCGUCACUGGCUUGGAAACGAGUGCUGGCGCUCGAUCCAGAGUCAAUAGCCGCCAACACUCUCAUCGGAAUUUGGUAUCUAGAUGCUGCACUCCAUGGAAAUGCCACCUUGAAAGAGUUUGAGAACUUUUACAUCACCGCUAUUGACUUUUUCCAGACCGCUUACAAGCUUGAGGCGCCAACCUCUGCUCCGUUGGCUUCGCUAGGAAUUGCCAGCUACUUGUUCUCAAGGCAAGACACUAAUAGAGCGCUCAAGCUUAUUGAUCGCGUUUUGCAAUAUGCUACGCUGCCUUCGCUAGUCUCUGAUGCUCUCUUCUGGAGAGCUCGAAUCCUUCACCUUACAGGAGAUUAUACUGGAGCCCUGACUAUCUACAAACAGGCGGUUGAAAGUAAUCCUCACAACUAUGUUGCAUCAAUUGGCAAAGGAAUGAUUGAGCUUUUGCAAGAUUCGCCAGAGGCUCUUUUGACGUUCGAGGCUUUGGCUACCAGCCACCCUUCGAAUCCCGAGAUUGCCCUCUAUUCAGGCUUUGUUUACGCCCAGAGAUCUGCUGGUGACUCUAAACGAACUGCAAAAGCUAUUUCAGCCCUAAAGAGAUAUUUAUCGCUCAAGCGUGCGGCUAGGGAAACUCCCGUUCCUGAAGCACUACUCUAUCUCGCAAAACUCUUGGAGGAAGAUAGCCAAAUGCCACCGGUGCAAGCGCAUGAAUAUCUCCAGGAGGCUGUCACUCAACUUGGUGAUGUUUCUGUUGAGAUUUUCAACAAUCGAGGUGUGUUGGCAUACUAUUGUGGUCAUUAUGAUGAGGCUAGAGCUUCUCUCCAGUCCGCACUCGAAAAGGCAAACGGUGAUGAGGUUGUCACUAUCAAAUUUAAUCUUGCACGCGUCGAAGAUGCUGCUGGCAACCCAGAACUCGCUAAAGAAGGCUAUGUCAAGGUGCUAGAAAUGAAACCCAACUAUGUCGAUGCUCAAAUACGUCAGGCAUACCUGGAAGCUGUCCUUGGAGAUGCAGAGAAGGGCAAUCUAUUACUUGAUGACUUGAUGGCAAAGCAUGAUGACAACCUCGAAGUACGUGCCUUGCAGGGCUGGUCUCUCCGAAGACUGAAGCUCCAGGGCGCCAAAGUCGAGGAUGCAGAACAAAGCCACUACAAGCACACCCUUAUGGAUCUUGACAAGCACGACACUUACUCUUUGGUUGCUAUUGGAAAUCUGUACCUUGCUAAUGCGAGGGAGCUUCGCGGUGCUUCUGCCGACCGCAAAGAAAAGGCCUACUUCAAGGCUUGUGAGUUCUUCGAUAAAGCAUUGCAGAUGGAUCCAGCAAAUGCGUAUGCUGCCCAGGGUAUCGCUAUUAUUUUUGCCGAGACCAAACGCCCUCAGCAGGCUCUGAGCAUUUUUGGGCGUAUCCGGGAGACCCUUGACGACUCAUCUGUUUUGGUCAACUCAGGACAUUGCUAUGCUGAGUUGAAACAAUACGUCAAAGCCAUUGAGAUGUAUGAGCAGGCACGCGGAAAGUCAUCUGGCCCCGAUGCCGGGAUUUUGUCUUUGCUUGGUCGUGCGUGGUACGCCAAAGGUGCGUCUACCCGUGAUGUCGAUGCUUUACAAACCGCUUUGAAGUUCAGCCGCGAGGCCUUAGAAUUGCAAGACGUACCUGCGCUUCAAUUCAAUGUUGCGUUUAUCCAGUUCCAACUCGCGGAUGUUGUGCGUCGUUUACCUUUUGAGAAACGCACUUCCAAGCAAAUCGCAGAUGCCGUUGACGGCCUAAAAGAAGCCAUUGACACCCUCAAAGCUAUUUCAAAGGCCGAGCAACCACCGUAUAGUGCCAUUGAUCUGGAAAAACGUGCCGAAUUCGGUGAGUCUUCGGUUUUGCCACAACUGGAACGUGCAGUGGUUGAACAAACAGAUCAUGAGCGGGAGGCGUCAACAAAGAUCGAGGAGUCGCUUCGAGUGCGUAUGGAAGAGGAAGAAAAGCUUGCAGCUGAACGCAAGCGUAAGCGAGAAGCCGAAGAAGAACGUGAACGGCAGCUCGCAGAGGAGCGCAGAGCCUUACAGGAACAGGCCGAUAAGUGGGUUGCAGAGCAGCAGGCUGAGCUCGAACGUCAACCAGAACGUAAAAAGGCCAAAAAGACAGACGAUAAUUUCAUUGAUGACGAUAUCAUGAAUGAACUGGGCUCUGAUGCCGAUGAAGAGGAGCCUGCUCCCCAGCAAGCGUCGGACGAUGAGCAACAAAAGCCUCGUCGCACAGUUGUCGACGAUGACGACGAUGAUGAAGAUAACGAGGAAGAGCAGCCAAAUAAGGAAACCAGCGAUGUUGACGAUUUGUUUUAG